AUGGACCAAAUUUUUGCGAUUCGGCAGGUUCUGCAGAAAUGUCACGAAUACAACGUGUCCACACAUCAUUUGUUCAACAAUUUCAAAUCCGCAUACGACACAAUCGAUCGAGAUCAGCUAUGGCAGAGUAUGCACGAGAACGAAUUUCAGGAUAAACGGACGCAAUUGGUUAAGGCGACAAUGGAUCGAGUGAUGUGCGUUGUUCGAGUAUCGGGGACACUCUCGAGUCCCUUAGAAUCUCGAAAGGGGUUACAGCAAAGUGAUGGAAUUUCAAAAUACAUGAGAGGACGAGGUUCGAGGGAAGACAAUGUUAGCCUCCUACCCCGAGUUCAGAUUGUCAGUGACAAAAUCGAGUUGGUCGGCAAGUUCAUGUUUUUGGGCUCACUGGUGACUGCCGAAAAUGAUACCAGCAGAGAAAUACAAAGACGCAUUAUGGCAGGAUAUCGUGGCUACUUUGGACUCCGGAGGACGCUCCGGUCGAAUAAAAUUCGCCACUGCACGAAGUUGACUAUCUGCUCGACGCUGAUUAGACCAGUGGUCCUCUACGGCCACGAGGUCUGGACUAUGCUCGUGGAGGACCAACGCGCCCUUUGUGUUUUAGAACGGAAGGUGUUACGUACCAUCUACGGUGGAGUGCAGAUGGAAGACGGAUGA